UGUUGUCGAGUUUUAUAUUUGCAGAUAAGUAAAAAGUAAGAUGAUGGGUAGGUACCCACGUGAAAAUCACAGACCGUACAGUCGUCGGACAUUUGAAGUUCGAGAAGUUUCGAACCCACCCGUUCUCUCCUCGCAUUGUUCCGGAACUUUCGAAAUCUCGAGUACUAUAUUAUUAUUAUCUUUAUCUUAUUUUAAUCAAUUUAGUAUCGUCACUAACUUUCUCACUCUUCUUCUUAUUUAAGCCACCUCGCAUCGGUUACGUGGAGAUUACCUUCCUUCCUUUCCCUCUUCUCUACCCAACUGCCAUCAACGAACUUAAACCGGGCAGCCGCAAAAGAUUCAUUCUCCUCUAGAUUUUAUCAAACCAACCCAAGUCGUUGAUCCAAGACUGUUGCCUUUUUUUUUUUUUCUAAUUUUCAAUUUGGGUUUCCAGAACUCGAUGAAUCCGUUCCAGCUCCAAGAAGGUGAUCCACCACCAUCACCACCAAAGCCAGUCGAAGGGUUGCACGAAGUCGGUCCGCCACCGUUUCUAAUCAAGACAUUCGAGAUUGUGGAGGAUCCAAACACAGACCACAUCGUAUCUUGGAACAGAGGAGGCGCUAGUUUUGUCGUUUGGGAUUUGCAUUCUUUCUCAACGUUUCUUCUCCCUCGACACUUCAAACACAGCAAUUUCUCGAGUUUCAUCAGACAACUCAACACUUAUGGUUUCAGAAAGAUAGAAUCGGAUAGAUGGGAAUUCGCAAACGAUGGGUUCUUGUUAGGACAGAGACAGUUACUGAAGAGCAUCAAGAGACGAGCUUCCUUCGGUUCUUCUCCAUCGACCCAUGAUCCUUGCACUGAGCUUCGUAGGGAGAAGCAGUUGUUAAUGAUGGAGCUGGUGUGUCUGAGACAGCAGCAACAAACCACGAGGAGCUACAUCAAAGCCAUGGAACAGAGAAUUGAAGGAGCAGAGAGGAAACAGAGACAGAUGAUGUCUUUCUUGGCUAGAGCUAUGCGGAGCCCUUCGUUUCUGCAUCAGCUGCUGAAGCAGAGAGAUAUGAGACUCAAGGAGCUUGAGGAUGAGGCGGCAGAGAGGGAAAGAGGUUCUUCGAUGUCGGAACUUGAAGCUCUUGCUUUGGAGAUGCAAGGCUAUGGGAAAGAGAGGAAUGUGAAGGAAGAAGAAGAUAUGGUGGUCGAGAGAGAAUUGGAUGAUGGUUUCUGGGAAGAGUUGCUUAGUAAUGAGAGUUUGGCUUCUACUUCUAGCUAGUAGAUGGAUGCUUUUAGCUUCUAGUUGUACUGGUGAAGCUUUUAUUUUCAUCUCUUGCAAACGCCCUUUUUUCUUUGUAUCUUUGUUUAUUUCCAGGCAUCUCUUUUCAGUUUUAAAUUAGUAAUAGUGUAAACUAGAGAACGUUAUAAUUCUUCAUGUAUAGAUAGAUAUAUGU